AUGUCUGAAAAGGGUAUUUCUCAUACUAGAGAAUUAUUCGAUAUGCUGAAUACAGCCUUAGAGGCUGCUCCCCUACCUACAGAGAUUAAUGAUCUGCUAGAGAAAGGUGCUUUGGAUCUGAGCACUCAUACUUAUUCACAAGAGGAUCCUAAAAGACUACUGAGCAAUAUCAAACGUAUUUUAGUGGAACAAAACCCAGAUUCCCAGCUUGAUUACGAUUUGCUGCUGCAACUUUUGAAUAAUAUAAUUUCAAUAUGUUCAUUUGAAGACGUUUUGGCAACAUUUACAAUUGAUGACUUAGAAAUGGCAUUAACCUCCAGCGUAGCACCUUUAGUAGUAGCAGCUUGUAAAGUGAUUGCUAAAUCUUAUCCCAGAGGCAUCUUUGCUAACUCUGUGAUUUGUGACAUACUGCUAAAGCUUUUUUUUGAUGCUAACGUUUCCAUCUCUAUUGUCAAUAGCAUUGAGCAAACAAUAGCAACACUCUCAUCCGAUGAACUAAUCAGAAGAAGAGUUUUGGUGAAUAAUUCACCACUACUAAUGGCUAUAAGGAAACAAUUUGAACCGAUUUCUUCGGCAAGGUUACUAGAGCUGCUGAAUAUCGAAGCAGCUUACCUGACAAACAGUGAAUUUAAUGAAAAAUUGUUCGUUAUACGAUCUGAAGAGAUUUCCAAAUCACUAGAAGUGGAUAUAGUCAUGUUUAUUCACAUUACAGCCUAUUAUACAAAGCUAUUGGAGGAGGUGUUUACUCAAGGUUUAUCUCAGACUCACCCUCGUAAAUGGCUCCUUAAAUACAUUUUACCAAUAAUCCCCAGUUUUGGUAAAAUUUAUGAAAAAAGAGAAGAGUUUACGGAUGUGAAAUUUUUUGCCAAGUCUUACCUUUUCAAAUUAUUCCGUAAAGUGUCUUAUUUGGAUGAUGAAAGUGUAUUUGCAUCUCUAGAUCGUGAUUACAUCCACAUUUCAAAAGAAAAUGAACAUAUCAAUGACUUUUUAUCCUUUGUGAAUCCAGAAUACCUCUACAACCAUUAUCAGAGUUUAAUAAUAGAAUUGACAUCAGUGGUACCUUCUCAUUUAGGAAUACUAAGAAACUUGAUAGCUAACGAACGUUGUUUUUCCUUGAUCAAGGAUCAACUGACCGCUAGUGCCAUCUUAGCCAUGCCAUACAUGGAACAGAUGGUUCUUUUACAAAAACUUUCCCAAUUUUCUCAUUCAGUGCAUUAUUUGCUCGAAUAUUUACCCAAAGUCAUGUCAAGCCUUCUUUACAACGAAAAUGGUGAAGUCACUGAAACUGAAAGUGCCAAUUUGAGAAGAGAAAUAUUAGAAAACCUUUUGAAAUACGAUAAGGAUACUUUGAACGUAUGGUAUAGUCCAGUAAGAGAUGAAUAUAAGAGGAUAGUCCAAGGAACCAGCUCGAAUGAAGCACAAGUGAAUCUUGCCAGUUCGUAUCUAUGA